CACCCUAUAACCUGGACCCCUCCGGCACUUCGCGCCUGUCCUCUCAGUGCUUAUUAUUUAUAGAGUACGGUAUGCUGAUUUGUUUAUAGUAUACAUUUUACAAAUAUUGAUUAGAAAAGCGUAGUACAGCAGUGAAAACACUAAAACUGGAAUUUCCACAUUACAGUUGAGUCAUAGUCGGAAUUUCCAGUCCAGAUACUGUAAUUCUCUAAUGUUUUUCGAUUUGUACACACCCAUCCCUCAUUGGUGGCGCAUUUUAGCUCGAGGGGACGUGAUCAAUGUGUGUAAAGACCGGUCGACACAUGUAAGUAAAUAUUCCGAGGGCUUUAUGUGAAUAUGUAUGUUGAUGGUUGGACCAGCACUAUAAUUGCGAACAUUAUGUAUAUGGUAUAUAUUCCUCUACUGUUCUUUCCAUUGGUAUUUUUCAUUAUUCUACGUCGGCCAACUAAACUUGAAACUGACAAUCUCCCAGGUCCCGGUAGCCAUUUUGGAUUUGGAUCCUUCUUAAGCAACUUAAGGUUUCUUUACAUGGGUAUCCCAGAAGCAGCUAGUUACUAUAGCAAAAAGUAUGGCGAUUUCGUUCGUGUCUGGAUAGGAGGAGAGCCAACAUAUCUCAUAACAAGGCCCUCGGCGGCAUGGUAUAUCUUGAAGAGCAAUGGAAACAAUUACUGCAAAAGAUUUGGCAACGACACUGGCCUCAGUCAUAUAGGAAUGUUUGAGAAUGGAAUUAUCUGGAACAAUGACGUCACAGCUUGGAAAACUCAACGCGGAUACUUCCAAAAAUCAUUGAAUGCCGAUGUAUUGAAUCGGGCGUCAGCGAUUACUGUAGAAGCAACCAACCGCCAAAUUUUACGUAUUGGUGAUUUCCAAAAGAGGGCGGCAGAUGGUCGUAUUGAUGCUCUGGAUUUUAUCCGUCGUAUUACUCUUGAUGUGACCAAUACAUUGAUGCUCGGUGUCCAUAUUCAAGAUGAUGAGGACGUUGUGAAUCGAAUUGUGAAGUACUUCAAAUCAUGGGAAUAUUUUCUCAUUAAGCCGCCCGUAUUAUAUUGGCUCACAUCUGCUGAAUACAAAAAGCACAUCAAAUCGAUCGAUCGUCUCAAUGAGGCCAUAGGUGCUAUGGUAGAGAAGAAACGAGCAACUCUAGAGAGCAUGCGUAACGAAGGUAAAAGCCUUCCUACUGACUUUGCUACAAACCUGAUAGAGGCUGAGAGACGCAAAGAGAUAACAAUGGCUAAUGUGAAGCAGUGUGUUCUGGAGAUGCUCUUGGCGGGAACAGACACGUCAUCAGUAACUAUGUAUUACUUGCUUGUAUCUAUUGCGAGUAACCCUGAUGUGGAAACACGACUUCUCAAUGAAAUGGAUCAAGUUCUCGGUAACAGGGAUCCCUGCAAAGCAGACUUACCAAAACUGGUGUACCUUGAGCAGGCGCUCAAAGAGUCCAUGCGAUACAAACCGGUAGGACCAGUAGUCAUGCGCAAAGCAAUCGAGGAUGAUGUCAUCGAAGGCUUUGACACACCGAAAGGAACAAAUGUGGUUCUGAAUUUGGCGCAGAUGCACAGACGGCCAGAAAUUUUCAAACAUCCAAAUGAUUUCAAUCCCGAAAACUUUUCUGAAAAGCUUGAUCAACAGCAGUUUGUUCCUUUUGGUACUGGACCAAAAGGCUGUAUCGGUCAGUUUCUAGCAAUGGUCGAGAUGAAAGUAUUCUUUUGUGUGUUUCUGCGUCGAUAUCGAGUCGUUAACUUUGCUGACAAGUCACUGAAUGAUAUUCAAACGAGAUGGGACAUAGCUCAGCAACCAACUGGAGAGAGCUUCAUGUAUUUUGUCGAGCGGGCCAAGAACUCUGAUACCACGAGUGAUGUUUGAAAAAUAAUGAAGAUGCAUUUUGUACUACAUUACGCUGCUUUUUCCCUUCGGUUCGAUGUGGUUUUUUCUUCAACUUUUAUACCUUGUCAGAUAUGUGUUAACUUCAUCCUCAAUAUCAUUUUAUAUUGCAAUAGCCUGUUUAAGCCAAAUACCGAAAGCUAAUCCAAAAAAAGCUGUCUAUUGAAUAUAAUAAUAAUACAGGUCUCCCUCCAAUUAAAGAACCCUCCAAUUAAAGACCACUUUUCUGUGGCCCCGUUUCUAUCUUUUACCAAUUAGCUGCUCUAAUUAAAGACCCCCUUUAUUUAGAGACCAAAGACUAUGGUUUUGGUGGACCCAAAUGAACAUUUUCCCUCCAAUUAAGGACCACUAUAAAAUAAAUUUCAAAUGAAUUAAUACUAGCAUGCAGUAACUGUCAUCCAUCUCAAACCGUUUAAUAUAUCAUUUCUUUAUUUUCCCUCUAAAAGAUAAAUUUAAGGAACACAUUGGGGGGCGGCGCUAGCGUGGGGUCCAGGGGGAGAAUGACCCCCCUGUCGGGGACCUCUGGACCCCGGCUUGGACCCCGUGUUGGGGAAUUUCCAGCAAGGUCGUCGAGGAAAAAUCAAAUCUCGAGUGCCGAAGGUGCAUUUUAAGCAGGCCUUACUAAGCUGUCAAAUUUUAGGGAUUAAAAACUGUUUGUGCUGCCGUAUGUGCGAGGUAUUGUAUAUUAUUUCGAUCGUAUGGCUUACAGUGGUGACGCUGCUCAUCCAUGACCGGGGGGGGGGGGCUACCUCCCACAUGAUAAAGAAUCCCAUAAUUAACACAAAAUGUUAUUAUUUUUAAUUAAAAAAAAAAUCCCCGACAAAUUUAAUUUUUCCCCCUGUGGACCCCCUUCUUAGGGAGCUUGGAGAAUUCUUGGCGCCACCCCUGAACACAUUUAUUGCCGGUCUUUAAUUAUAUUGCAUUCUAUUACACAAAAGUUGAAUAGGCCUAUACUGAAAUUUUUUUAGUAAGACGAUGUUUUAGUAAUAUUGUAUUGGAGCUUUAGGUAGAACGAGCAUAGGACUUGAUGUGUGACUACCAAGAAAUGGUUUAUUAAGGAUAAAUCCAUUUCAAAGCACUUAGACUAAAACAGUCUUACAUAUUAUUACACGUAAAGAGAUAACCAAAGAGUAUUGUGGUAAUGCUAGCAUUUAUAUUACGGUAAUUUAUAAAAGGUGAAGAUGAGAAAAACGCUUCAGCCGGAAAUUCGAAUUCGAGUCUUCUGAGAACACUUGAGCUUCGUAUUGAUCCGAUAGGUAGCAAAUCGAUUUCACUCUCUUGUGAAUACACAUAUCAGCAGUAGUUAGAAACACACUACCUGUAGCAGGUAGGCCUAAUCAAAGUGAUGCUUUAAUUUUAAAGAUUUGAAAUGACAAGAUAGGAUCAUGCAGUAAACAUGUUUUAAUAUUUAUGAUUCAAAAAACAAGAUUGGAUCACCGAAAAGAUGUUCUUAAAUAAAUAGUAAUGUGUAGUGUAGUAAUGUGUAGUAAUGUGAAGACGAUGAAUCUGGGAGUGAAAGGAACACGGUCUUCUCCUGGAUAUACAAACGUCUUAACGAAUCUAGUGUAUGUGCGGAAUUGCAUAUUAAAGUAACACUAUAAUCUGUAUAACAGAGGUCAGUGUGUGUCCUCAUAUGUUAUGUAUUUGAAACGACAAAAUAGGAUCUUUGAAGAUACACUUUCGAAAAAAUAAUGGUAUCUGUAAACUCUACACCAUCUUACGGUAGUUCGACUCUCCAGCAUUUAUUUGAUGGCGAAGAUACAAACUCUGUGCGAGUAAAAUACAAUCGCUCCAACCGAGAUUCGAUAUUGGUGUUUUUGUGGUACUGAUAUGCAAAUCCUUAAUUUUACUUACGAAUAUUUGUCAGUGUUAAGAUGUAACGUUAUGUAAUGUAAUGAGCUUACCAAUUUAAAAAAAUCUACUAAAUAUCAAUGAAAACUAGAACAAGAAAAUAUUUCCCUAGCCAAUUGACAGUAGGCCUAUAUUAAUAAUACAAUUUUUAUAUCUUUUGCAUAGACUCUUAUGUUUUCUGUCAUAAUCUAUGAAGGUAUUGUAGUAAAACGUGUGAAAGUUAGUGAAAACGGAA